AUGAAGGAAGUUAUGAUGUGCAGAGUUAUAUCACUGCUGGCAUUCAUGCGUGGAGUUACUCAGGGUAGUCAGAUGAACUGCAAACUCAACACGUGGAAUAUGGAAAGCUACUGGAGUAAAGGAACUCUGCAAAUUGGAGGGAUAUUUCCAGUCAUCUUUAAAAAAGAUGAUGUUGAAAUAUCAUUCACAAAGCCACCUAAUCAUGUUCACUGUGAAACGUUUGAGUUGAGAAGGUAUCGUUGGAUUCAGAGUCUAAUCUUUACGGUUCAAGAAAUUAACCAAAAUCCUUAUCUCCUACCAAAUGUAACUCUGGGCUAUGGAAUUUUUGAUUCAUGCAAUGCUGAAGCCAGGGCUCUAAAAGGUGUUAUGUAUCUACUUUCUGGGAAACAAGACCAAUACAUUCCUAAUUACCACUAUCAGACAACUAGUCCUCUUGUAGCCGUUAUUGGAGAUAUGAGUUCCCAAGUAUCGAUUCAAAUGGCUAGAGUAUUAGGAAUCUACAGAGUUCCUCAUUUGGCAUAUGGAGCAUCAGCCGUUGUUUUGAGUGAUAAAAAGACCUUUCCUUCUUUCCUUAGAGUGUACCCAAGUGACAGAUAUUUAUGUUUGAGUCUUGCAAAGCUUGUGGCAUAUUUCAAAUGGACAUGGGUAGGAAUUGUUGCUGAAGAAACAGACUAUGGGGCUUAUGGUAGCCAGAUGGUAAAGGAGGAAUUAGCUAAACUGGGAGUCUGUAUUGCUUUCUCUGAAAUGGUGUCAACAGUUUACUCUGAGAAACGCAUCAAACAUACUACUAAGGUAAUAAAGGAGUCAUCAGCAAAAGGUAUUGUGAUGUACUUCUUCCAGUACAAUAUGUAUUCUCUAGUAGAGGAGAUUGCAAGACAGAAUAUUACUGAAAAGAUCUGGCUUGCCAGCGAGCCUUGGUCUCUCCAUGAAAUGCUUUCAGAGAAUAACUAUUUUAAAGUUUUGAAUGGCACUAUCAUAUUUUCAGUGUGGCCUGGAGAAAUACAAGGCCUUAAACAGUUUCUUCUUAAACUACAUCCAUUUUCAAAUCCAAAUGAUAUUUUUAUUCACACAUUUUGGGAGCAUGUAUUUGGAUGCAAAUGGACAUAUAUUAAUAACAAUGAAUCAAAAUAUGGAGACCAAAUGGAGAACCAGGCCAUCUGUACAGGCUAUGAGGACCUUAGGACAAAAGACCUUCCAUUCUUUGAUAUGAGUACCCUGCGCUAUACUUAUAAGGUCCAUAUUGCAGUGCAGGUCAUAGUACACACUUUGCAAAACCUAAUGGAAUGUACAGCUGGGAGUGGACCUUUUAAAAAUGGAAGCUGUUCAAGCAUUGAUAAUCUUCACACAUGGCAGUUGCUUCAUUUCAUGAAAAAUGUCAACUUUAGAAUGAAAAGUGGUGAAAACAUAUUUUUUGAUGCAAAUGGAGACCCACCUGCUAUUUAUGAAUUACUUAUAUGGCAAAUCAACCUAGACAAAACAUCCAAGUACUUCAAUAUUGGCAGAGUUGACUUUAGCUCUGAAGAACUUCUUACUCUUAAUAAAAGUGCUUUUGCUUUAGAAAAUGGAGAACUCCAGUUUCCUCAUUCUGUAUGCAGUGAAAGCUGCUCACCUGGCUACAGAAAAGUUAUUCAGGAUGGACAACCAUCUUGCUGUUUUGACUGCAUUCCUUGCUCAACAGGAGAAAUUUCCAACAAAACGGACUCAAAUGACUGCCUGAGAUGCUCAGAUGAAUAUAGUCCAAACGAACACCGUGACACCUGCAUCCGAAGGAGCAUAGAUUUUCUUUCAUACGAGGAGCCUUUGGGGGUGGUUUUGAUGACACUGUCUAUAGUUGGUGCAUCCAUGUCUGUGAUCAUCCUAUACAUUUUCAUCAAGAAUAAAGAUACUCCCAUUGUCAAAGCAAACAACAGAGAGCUUAGCUACCUUCUUCUACUGGCCCUAAUGCUUUGCUUUCUUUGUUCUUUGUUAUUUAUUGGUCAUCCGGUAACUACCACCUGUAUGCUCCGUCAGGUGGUUUUUGCAAUUAGUUUUGCUUUGUGUGUUUCAUGUAUACUAGCUAAAACUACAAUAGUUAUCAUAGCAUUCAGAGCAACAAACCCAAGUAGUAAGCUAAGAAGAUGGAUUGGUCCUGCUGUGGCUAAUACCAUAGUUGUAAUUUGUACAUUAAUGCAAGCUGUGCUUUGUGCUGCUUGGUUGGCAGCCUCUCAUCCUUUUCCUGAAAACAACACAAAAUCGCAGAUUCAAAUGAUUAUUAUAGAAUGUAAUGAGGGAUCUUACACAGCAUUUUGGUUAGUACUGUGUUAUAUGGGACUCUUGGCUUCAGCUAGUUUUAUAAUGGCCUUUCUAUCACGAAACCUACCUGACAGCUUUAAUGAAGCCAGAUUUAUCACAUUUAGCAUGCUUGUUUUCCUGAGUGUAUGGUUAACAUUCAUACCUGCACACCUGAGUACUAAAGGCAAGUUAUUGGUAGCUGUUGAAAUUUUUGCAAUCUUGUCUUCUAGUACAGGUUUGCUUGUUUGUAUCUUCAUUCCUAAGUGUAUUAUUAUUCUUUUAAAACCGGCAAAUAACAGCAGAGACUUUCUUAUGAAACGUUAUAAUGCAAAAUAG